CUCGUGAUGCGCAUGUGGUGAGUCAAUUGCGGUCCAUUGACUAUUUGGAUCGCGCUCGACCUCCGAAUUCCUUCUUCUUGCUCUCACUACACUCUAUUCUGCAAGCCACCAUCAUCAUGUCGGAAGCCUCCUUGCCUACUCACGCAAAAGACAACCCCAAUGUCGCAGCGGACGGUGCACCCUCGAAGAAUGCGUUAAAGAAGGCUCAAAAAGAGGCCGAGAAGGCCGCAAAGAAAGCCGCGGCGAAGAAAGCAGAUGAAGAGAAGAGAGCCGCUCAACAGGCGCAAGCUUCCGAGGACACGGCGAAGGAGAACUACGGAGACCUGCCAGAUGAUCAGGUGCAGGUUACACAUCUGAAAAAGUUGAGCGAGGAAGACGUCGACAAAGAUGUCACAAUCAUAACCCGAGUCCACAACAGCAGAAGUCAGAGUGCAAAGCUGGCCUUCCUAAUGCUGCGGCAGCAAGGCAGGACUAUCCAAGCUGUUGUUGCUGCCAGCAGCGAUGCAGUCUCGAAGCAAAUGGUCAAAUGGGCGACCUCAGUCAAUGUCAAUUCUUUCGUUCGAGUCACGGGUGUUGUCAAGGAGCCCGAUCCUCCUGUCGCAUCUGCCACGAUCAGCAACCUGGAGCUGCACGUCAAGAAAAUCUACCUGAUCUCCUCAGCCGCCGAGGUCAUUCCCAUGCAAGUCAAGGACGCCGAGCGACCACCGCCAGCCGUUGAACAGGAAGGACAGGUUGACGCUGAAGGCACUCCCAUUGUGACCCUCAAAACACGACUCGACAACCGAGUUAUUGACCUGCAGACCGAAUGCAACCAAGCCAUCUUCACAAUCUCGAGCGCCGUGGAGGGUCUGUUUGAGGAAUAUAUGCGAAAGAGCGGGUCCAGAAAAUUCAACACUCCAAAGCUGCUAGGCGCCGCUACAGAGGGCGGAAGUGGUGUCUUUGAAGUCAACAACUACUUUGGCAAGAGUGCUUUCCUUGCGCAAAGUCCGCAACUGUACAAGCAGAUGCUGAUUGCGGGUGACUGCGAGAGUGUAUUCGAGAUUGGGCCUGUGUUCCGUGCGGAGAAUAGCAACACCCAUCGACAUAUGACUGAGUUUACCGGCCUCGACUUCGAAAUGGUCUUCGACCACCACUAUCAUGAAGUCCUUGAUUUCGCCGAGAAUCUGAUCGUCUUCAUUGUCUCCGAACUGAAAUCCCGGUACAAGGACGAGAUUGCCAUUGUGCAGAAAUAUUUCCCUAAAGCCGGCGACUUCCACCUCAAGGACGGCAAGGCCCUGCGGCUGAAAUAUUUCGACGGCAUCAAGAUGCUCAGGGAUGCAGGCGUGGACACGACGGAACAAGACAACUACGUCACCGACCUGACGACAGCGCAGGAGAAGAAGCUCGGCCAGCUCAUUCGUGAGAAAUACGACACCGAUUUUUACGUGCUCGACGAGUUCCCCAUGUCUGUACGGCCGUUCUACACCAAAGGACAUCCCACCGAUCCGAAGCUGUCCAAUUCAUACGAUUUCUUCAUGCGAGGCGAGGAGAUCAUGUCCGGCGCUCAACGUGUAAACGAUGCUGCUGAGCUGGAAGCAGCAAUGCGAGGCAAGGGUGUUGACCCCAGCUCGGAAGGAUUCGUGGACUACGUCAAUGCUUUCAAACAGGGCUGUCGCCCGCACGCAGGUGGUGGAUUGGGCUUGAACCGGAUUGUCAUGUUCUUCCUUGGUUUGGACAAUGUACGACAAGCCACGCCUUUCCCUCGUGAUCCUCAGCGGUUACGGCCAUAGAGCUGGCGGACCAAUACUCCGCACGUUAUGCGCAAAUCCCAGAGCAGUGAAAAAGUCGGAGAAAUAUAGUGUCAUGACAGAUAGAGGAAAGUGGAAGUCAUAGACCAAUGUGCAGAAGAGAUCAUGACUCCAUGUUCAAACAGAAGCGACGUGAUCGCAUCGUUGCAGUG